GCAAAGUCGGCAUAACUUCAGACCCAAUUCAAAAGUUUAUAAAUGUGCUAAUAAUUGAUGUAAGUGUAAGAACAGGCAAAUUCUUUAAUGUCAAAACUGGAACCGUUGGCAGCAUUCUAAUUGUCCUUCUUGAAUAUUCAAGUUAUCCCUUCCCUGCUUUUAUUGUCAGCUCCGUCGACAUUGCACAACAAAUGUUGGCUAACUCCUCAACUAACGAUACGGACGAACCAGAAUCUACCAUCAAUGUCGACUCUGAUACGGAUUACGAAGAAAUUAUUAAUGAUAACAAAAAUCAACCCAAACCAAAACUCAACUGA